AUGCAUAUUUAUAAUCCUUUAUCCAAUCAUUACAUUCUUGUUCAAGUUUUUGGAUUUAUAGAAAAUCAACGAGAUAUUUUUCAUUGUACAUUAGUUAAUACUCAAUGGAAUCUUUCAGCUACACCUUUCUUAUACAGAGCACCAAAAUUAACUUUCACUAAUAUAAAUUCAUUAACAUUCUUACAAACUAUAAAGAAUGCUAAAGAAAAACAAACAUUUUUACCAUAUAAUGAAAUGGUACGUGAAUGGAAUUUUAAGGAUCCUAAUAGUGUUGAUUGUAUAGCAGAUUGUUGUCCUAAUAUUGAAAAAAUUAGUUGUAAUAAUGAAUCUUUCAUUUUAUAUGAUAAUAAUCAUGUAAACUCUACUUUAUUAAAGAAUUGGAUUAAAUUAAAAUCUAUUAAAUUAUAUCGUCGUUGUGGUUCUGAUCUAAUUUUGGAAGCUAUAAAGAUUAAUUGUAAUCGUUUAGAAGAAUUAAUAUUAUGGAAUUGUACUGUUACUGAUAUUGGUUUAAUACAAAUUUUUAAAUCUUGUAAAGGUUUAAAAUUAUUAAAAUUAAAUCAAUGUCAUGAAAUUACUGAUCAAUCUUUAUUAUCAAUGUCAGAAAUUUGUCAUUCUAUAAUUAAUUUGGAUUUAAGAGAUUGUAAUAAAUUAAGUGAUGAUGGUAUUUUGGCUUUAUCAAAUUCUAUUUUUUCAAAAAAUUUAUCUAUUCUUCAUUUAGAAGCUUUAAAUAUUAAAGAAGAUUCUUUAUUAAUUUUGGCUGAAAAUAUUACAAAUUUACAAGAAUUACAUUUAAGAAGAUUUGAAACUGUUACUGAUGAAAUUGUUACUGCUUUUGCUAUUGGUAGUAGACAUUAUUUAAAAAGAUUAAAUUUACAUUUAUGUCCAAGAAUUAGUUGGAGUAUGAAAGAAUCAAUAGAAAUUAGAGAAUUAUCUUUAUUAAUGCAAAAUAUUAGUUUACAAUUAUUAAAUUCUAUAUGUGAGACUUGCCAAUUUUUAGAAAAAUUUACUUUAGAUAUAGCUUCUUAUUCUUCUUCUUAUUCUAAUGAGGAAAUUAUAAGUACUCUUUCACAGCUUAAAAAUCUUAAAUCAUUGGCCAUAUUUUGUGGUAUAAAAUUUUCGAAAUUUGAAAUCUAUGAGUUAAAAAGGAGAUGUAAAAAAUUAGUACAAAUCAAUUGUUAA